UCCUCCUCCCAUACAACUUUAUUCACAUAAUGAAGUAUUACGGAUAUGCAAAUGAAGUUUGUCACCUACUUAAGGUGCUAAACCUCCAAAAGGUUUAUUUUGGAGAGUCAGGAAAAGACUUAGAUGAUCAGCAGAAGAUAACUAGAAGCAACUUCUUUGAGACCAUGUUUCUACGCUUUUGUGAGAAAAAGCUGAUCAAAGUAAGAGAUAUUAUCUCAAGCGCUUCUUUAUAUGUCUUGGCUUUAGACAAUCUGAAAUAUUAUAAGCUUGAUAUCGAGCUCUGUGACGAGCAAAGCCUUGAGGACUUCCUUCAAUUCUGAAAAUACUGUCUCCAUCUUGAAAAUGGUGGAAAACUUGACUUUAUUAGUAUGAAAGAGAAGGAAUUUUCAGAGCUACCGCCUUCAGAAAGGUAUUACAACAAGAAACACAUUUAUGAUUUAUAUAAAUCUGAUGAAACCGAUUACAAUCCUUACAGAGAAAGUAUCGCCGAUAUACCUCUUCCACCUGUAUAUUUAGGUGAAAAAGAGAAGCAGGAUACUGAGGAAACUCAGAAGGAUUUCAUCGAAUUUGAAUCAAUAGAACAAGAGCAGUUUUAUCAACAAUUUUAUACUAAAAAGCCAAACCAGGAACAGUACAGACACUAUAAUGAUUACUAUGACGAGGAUGAUGAUAUUUAUUAUGAUUAUGCUUCAAGGAACCCAGAGCAGCUCUUUGAGUUGCUUGAUGAAGAUAAGUAUCAUUCAGAUGAAAUUCCAUACUUUCAGAGUAUUGAUAAUAAAUAUGAUGAUACGUGGUAUCACGAAAAUUGGUAUAACAACAAGUGGUUCAAUAAUAUCAGAGAGAAUUAUCGAGAAAAAGAUCAGGAAAGUUUUAAGCAAUCUGAGAAAAUACCAGAGGGUAAGCCCUGGUAUCUCCAAAACAAGUUUAAUUACUUGGAUCUGAAAAAUAGGAAUUUUGGAGAUAAUUCUGAAAACUCCAAAAAGUCCUGAUAUGUUUCUGAAAAUACACAUAAGGCCCAGAGAAUAAGAGUCCCAUUCCUUAACAUCAAUAGCUUAAGAAUAAAUUAUGCAUCAACUCCAUUAAUGAAGUAUAUGAAGAAGAUCAAACCAGAGUUGUUCGAGUAUCCUUUCAAUAGGAUUAUUUGUCUAGCUAGAAGAAAUUUUGGAAGAAUACUUGGAGAAUUUAAUGUUGCUAAAUCAGCAAAGCCUAUUCAUCAUCAUCUUCAUAAUCUUCGAACUAUGAAAAAUUGAGCUCAUAAGAGAUCUAUCUUUUACAAGCUCAAAAUUCAACUGUCCAAUAGAGAGGAUUACAGAUCUAGAGUCGGUAACCUCAUGUGUAGCUUCAAGAGAGUUGAUCUUGUACCGAUGCGUGGAUUUAAACUGCCUGAUCUAAUAGAUGAAAUGUGACAAAACCCUCUGGUGUUUGACCACUGCCAAAAGUUAUGCAUUAACCUCACUAAAGACAGCAGAGAGGGUAAAGAAGUCGAAGAAUUCUUUAGCAAACUCUUUUUCGGGAUGGGAGAGACAUUUGCAUCUAAGCUGAGAGGCAUCUUUAUCAGCUGUAGUACAGAUAUAAGUUGCCGAUUCAUUUCCGGACUGGAAGAAGUGUUUAAAGUAUUAGAAGGAAGGAAACUUGCCAAUUUUAAGCAGGAUCAUCCUGACUUCAAGGAUCUUUGCUUUAACUUCUUUGGAACUCACAUAUUUGGCUCGGUUGAUGAGUGAUACUCUAGGAAUAUAUGCUCUACUAGAGGUUUCUUCCGUGAGUUCAUUUUCAAAGUGAAGAACUUUCUCGAAGUAAUGCUUUGCUAUUCCGAUCGCAAAGUGACCUUCAAGAUUAGUUUCGAAGGGACAUCUUCAUUCAAAGCUACACAUCUGAUUCUUACAGGAGAUGAGGGAUAUCACUUCCGAAAUGUUGAGUACCUAAAGUUUGACAAUAUCACUAGUAUCGAGCAAACUUCAAGUCCUCAAACGAUCCCUUCAGACUCUGUUCUUCCUAGGAGGCGCAGAAGUAACCUGGGUUGUGUAAUACCCGACUUCCUGGGUGCUUGAUUAGUGGUUCGUACACUAUCAAACAAUACAGUGAAUGUACGCAAGCUCCUCUAUCCUUAAGGGAGAGGAUUAACUUAAAAGUUAAAUAAGUCCGGUCUGUU